AUGAACGAGGACCUGCAACGUCGCAUAAAUCAACUACGGACGGUGGGCGCGACGCUCGAUGAACAGUUGGCCAAUUCCAUCGAGAACGAGAAGCUUCUCAGGGAGCGAUUAAAGGAACUACAACACGACGCAGAUGAAGUCUUUGAGGCGUUGGGGUCCAAUCUGAGAGGACUGGGUGGUGGCGACAUGGGUGACGCGGGAGAAGGGACGACCGAGAGCGUUUUUUGCCGCGUCUUUUGCUGCAAGAAGCGUGAAGCCGCAAGUUUGGUCCCACCCACCCGCGAAGCAGACGCGGCCUUGCCGCGCAUAGGCACGGGGACGAGUGACGAGGAGUCGAAAACCAUCCCGGUGCGAGCGGCCCCGAAGUCCAUGGAGGAAACGAGUUAUUUUCAGACCCGGGUGACAGAAUUUGGCAUGCUCGGAAGAUCCGAAGCCGCUUUUCGACUGAAUGCCGAGGAGUGCAUCACCGAGUCGAAGGAUGCCCUUGACUAUUUUACGAAACUCUACAACAGCAACGGUGAGCGCCUGAAGAAACUGAAGAAGAGAGAAGAAGAGAUAGACGAACGGAAGAACAAAUUGUUGCAGAUGAACUAUCGCCCUUCUAUUACCACGGAACGCGACCAUCACGUGAGCCGAGACGAUACGCGCAACCCCCGAAAAGAGUUAAGCAGCCAUCCGACCUGCAAGUUGCUACGAAGAACAAGUCAAAGACCCGGAAGCGGGGGAAAGGAGAAAGGCCUUGUUGGCAACACGAAAGGACGUCCGCGCAAGACCUGGCAUGGAUUUUGUCAAAUGGAGGAGCACGAGGCCACCGACCUCAACGAUGAGCUCGGAGUUGCGGCUUGCCACCCCUGCCGCAACAAAUUCACGAAGGCUGUCCAGAGGCUUGAGAGGUGCCCCCCCUGUGAGGGAAAAUGCCCGAACACAAGUGCCUGUUCGCGGUGCAAAUUGCGAAGAUUGCGUUCUUCAAUAUGCCUAAAUAGCGUUUUCAUGCAGGAAAAAGACGAAUACAUGCGCAGCCCGUGCGACAUCAGCGAGAAGUUCAUCGUCAUCGAGCUGUGUGAGACCAUACAGCCCCAUACAAUUGAGCUCGGCAACUACGAGCUGUUCUCCCUCGGCCCGAAGGCCAUCCGCGUGUCAGCUGCUGAAAAGUUCCCGGCAAACGAGUGGUCGACGGUGUUGGAGAUCGAAGCGCAAGAUUCGCGAUUUCUGCAAACGUUUCGCGUGACCAAGAUGGGGCUUUAUGCAAAGUUUCUAAAGGAAUCCGUCUUCAUCAAGUUGAACAAGCGCAUCGCCGCGUUGGAGUUGAACAUGUCACUCUCAUCCGAAUAUCUCUCCGAACUCAGCCGGCAGUACGUGGCGCAGUCUGAAGCACAGGAGAAGAACAUUGUUCGGGCAAAGCGGAUUGCCGACGGGGCCGUAAUCAACGCCACCACGCACAUCAACAAGACACUAAACGUUCAACUUGAGACGAUGCGCCGCGAGGUUUUC